GUGACCGCGACCCGGCGGCGCAUCUCCAACUCCUCCGAGCGCGCUGGGGACCGACCGCGGGAGGAACGCGCCCGAGCAUCCUCGGGUUUGGCGCGCCUUGGCCUCGACCCCCCAACUCCAGGCGAUCGCGGAUACUUUGCGAAACAUUCGAAGGCAGAAAAGCUGUGACACUUUUGGGGGGGGGACAGUGGGGUGGGGGCGAAGGGACCCAGCGGUACGCCCGUCGCCCGGCGUGGGAGGCAGCGAUGUGAGCUGGAUACUCUCCCCGAAGGAGUCUCAGCGUCCGCGGAGAGUCGCCGGCUGUGCCAGGAAGCCAGCUGCAAGGAGACCCGCUGGAACCAAGAGCCCACUGCGCCUGGACUACAGUGAGUGUCCACAGACAGUGCUGCAGCUUUCCUUUGCUUCUAGUUUGGGAAACACUCAAGUGCCACAGUCGUCUCACCCCACGCUCCACACUCUACUUUCUGACCACCGGCCUGCAAGCCCACGAGGACUUCGGGUAGAAUGUGCCAUGCAAAGAGCUGGCUUGGACUCGGCAUGUCCUUGUACUUCUGGGGACUGAUGGACUUGACCAGCCCUGUUCUCUCCAGCACCCCGACACCCCAUGGUCAGUUAGAAGCACUCUUUUCGGGCAAGAUGCAGUUACAUCAGCGAGCCAAGAGGAGCUGGGUUUGGAACCAGUUCUUCGUUCUAGAAGAGUACACAGGGACGGAUCCUCUGUAUGUUGGCAAGCUCCAUUCAGACAUGGACAGAGGAGAUGGCUCCAUCAAGUACAUCCUCUCGGGAGAAGGUGCAGGCGUCGUGUUUACCAUCGACGACACCACUGGUGACAUCCAUGCCAUCCAGAGGCUCGACCGUGAGGAACGAGCCCAGUACACAUUACGGGCUCAAGCCCUGGACAGGCGGACAGGCCGGCCGAUGGAACCCGAGUCAGAGUUCAUCAUCAAAAUCCAAGACAUCAACGACAAUGAGCCCAAGUUCCUGGACGGGCCUUACGUCGCCACCGUGCCAGAAAUGUCACCAGUGGGUACGUCUGUGAUCCAGGUGACAGCCACAGAUGCUGAUGACCCCACCUAUGGCAACAGUGCCCGGGUCGUGUACAGCGUUCUUCAGGGCCAGCCAUACUUUUCUGUGGACUCCAAAACAGGUAUAAUCAGGACAGCACUCAUGAACAUGGACAGAGAAGCCAAACAGUACUAUGAAGUGAUAGUCCAGGCCAAGGACAUGGGCGGGCAGCUCGGAGGCCUGGCGGGGACCACGACGGUCAACAUCACCCUCUCGGAUGUCAAUGAUAACCCGCCUCGCUUUCCCCAGAGUGAGUACCUAGCCGGCCAGAGCGCAGGACAGCGAGAACAUUACCAGAUGAGUGUACUGGAAUCAGCUCCAGUCAGCUCCACUGUGGGGCGAGUGUUUGCCAAGGACCUGGAUGAAGGAAUCAAUGCCGAGAUGAAAUAUACUAUUGUGGAUGGAGAUGGCGCAGAUGCUUUUGACAUUAACACAGACCCAAAUCUCCAAGUCGGCGUCAUAACUGUGAAGAAGCCCCUGAGUUAUGAGAGCAAGAAAAGCUAUACCUUAAAGGUAGAAGGAGCCAAUCCUCACAUAGAGAUGCGUUUUCUCAGCCUUGGCCCAUUUCAGGAUACGACGACUGUGCACAUCACUGUGGAGGAUGUGGACGAGCCCCCUGUGUUUGAACCUGGCUUUUAUUUUGUGGAGGUGCCUGAGGACGUGACAAUUGGAACCACCAUUCAGAUAAUUUCUGCAAAGGAUCCAGAUGUGACCAACAACUCAAUCAGAUACUCCAUUGACAGAAGCAGUGACCCUGGAAGAUUCUUCUACGUUGACAUUACAACAGGAGCCCUAAUGACUGCAAGGCCCCUAGACCGGGAAGAGUUUUCUUGGCAUAAUAUCACUGUCCUUGCUAUGGAAAUGAACAAUCCCUCCCAGGUGGGAAGCGUGGCUGUCACUAUCAGAGUCUUGGAUGUGAAUGACAAUGCACCCGAGUUCCCCCGAUUCUACGAAGCUUUCCUCUGCGAGAAUGCCAAAGCUGGGCAGCUGAUCCAGACAGUGAGUGCUGUGGACCACGACGACCCUUACCAUGGUCAGCAUUUCUACUACAGCCUGGCUCCCGAGGCUGCAAACAAUCCCAACUUCACGGUCAGGGACAACCAAGAUAACACUGCCCGGAUUCUAACUAGAAGAUCUGGCUUCCGGCAGCAGGAGCAGAGUGUCUUUUACCUGCCAAUCCUGAUAGCGGACAGUGGGCAGCCAGUGCUGAGCAGCACCGGCACACUGACCAUUCAGGUGUGCAGCUGUGACGAUGGUGGCCACGUCAUGUCCUGCAGCCCCGAGGCCUUCAUGCUUCCGGUCAGUUUGAGCCGGGGUGCCCUCAUUGCAAUCCUGGCUUGCAUCUUUGUCCUCUUAGUGCUGCUGCUGCUCAUCGUGUCCCUGCGGCGGCACCGGAAGCAGCCGUACGUGCUGGACGACGACGACAACAUCCACGAGAACAUCGUGCGCUACGACGACGAGGGCGGCGGCGAGGAGGACACGGAGGCCUUCGACAUCGCGGCCAUGUGGAACCCGCGGGAGGCGCAGGCGGGCCCGGGCCCCAAAACGCGCCAGGACAUGCUGCCCGACAUGGAGAUCGAGAGCCUGUCACGCUACGUGCCCCAGGCGUGCGCCAUGCACGGCACGGUCCACGGCUACGUGCUGGCCAAGCUCUACGAGGCCGACAUGGACCUGUGGGCGCCGCCCUUCGACUCGCUGCAGACCUACAUGUUCGAGGGCGACGGCUCGGUGGCCGGCUCGCUCAGCUCCCUGCAGUCGGCCGCCUCGGACUCGGAGCAGAGCUUCGACUUCCUCACGGACUGGGGGCCCCGCUUCCGGAAGCUAGCCGAGCUCUACGGCGCCUCGGAGGGGCCAGCGCCCCUCUGGUGACGGAAGCCCGGAGGCGGGCGCGCGUCCAAACCUAGACGUUUCUCUCUCGGAGGGCGCUUCGUGCGCACGAGGCGCGGGGCCCUCGGCGGAGCAAUAGUGAGGUGGAGCGAGUGGGCGAGGCGCGCAGAGCGCUCUCUGGAUCAGCUUUACACUUGGUUAGAUUAAGUUACGUCAGCAAGAGGAAACCCAGGAAGAAGAGGGCAGAAUCUCCAAGUACCUUUUAUUCCCCCCUCCACUUUUUUUUUUUUUUUAAUGUUUUCUGAAAUGACUUUAAAGGCUUGAAGCUUA